GCGCCUUUGCUGCAGUCAAGUGACAGCUGUCAAAGGCGAACGUAUUUUUUUUGUCCAAAUGAAAUUCGACAGAACAAUAAAAGAAAAGGAUAAAAUAGAUUAAUAAUCAAAAAGAUUGCAUAUGAUCGCUAGUACUGUUUAACCAAAGAAAAAUGCUUGCAAAUGCAAAGAAACUACAAAAAUAAUGUGUAUAAUAUCAAUAAAUCGCAUUAAUCGAAUCUAAUAACCGUUCAUUCUAACUAGAAAUUAGCAGCGCCAACCAUUUAACGUGAAUUUGGAAUUUAAACACAACCAAAAAAAUGUAUCAAAGUGCUUGUACGGCAGCUGGUUGCACACAACCCGAGCGAGAUCGCGAAGGUUUAAUCAUAAACGAGCCUGUUGUACCACCAGUCGAUGAUUACAGUGGUUUCGAUAUUGUGAAGGCAACGCAAUACGGUGCAAUCGGACGAGUCAAAGAAUUGCUCGAUGCUGGAUGGGAUGUUAAUCAGCCGGAUAGUGAAACCGUUUCACUGCUUCAUUGGGCAUCCAUCAAUAAUCGCAAAGAAAUUAUCAAAUUAUUUUUGGAACGUGGUGCCAUUGUUGAUUCGAUUGGUGGUGAAUUGCAUGCGACGCCAUUACAUUGGGCCACACGACAAGGGCAUUUAAAUGCCGUGGUUUUAUUGAUGUCAGCCGGUGCUGAUCCGAGUUUACGAGACGCCGAAGGAUGCUCAUGCAUACAUUUAGCAGCUCAAUUUGGUCACACUGCAUUAGUUGCGUAUUUUAUUGCACGAGGUGUGAAUCCAGAUUUACAAGAUCGUGGCGGCAUGACAGCACUUAUGUGGGCCGCUUGGAAGGUUUGUGCACUCGAUCCAGUUCGUUUGCUUCUUACACUCGGUGCUAAUCCAACAUUAGUCGAUGCAUCACAUGGAAAUACCGCAUUACAUUGGGCCAUCUUAGCACGGAAUACCACAGCAAUAAGCACACUAAUAUUAAAAGGAAAAGCUAGCUUAGAAACUGCAAAUUUACGUGGUGAUACACCGCUCAAAAUGCUACAAAUAAAUGCCGGAUCGAUUUGGAUCGGUUCAAAAGUGAUGGAACGCAUCCGAGAGGACAGUCAGUCAAGUCAAAGACAAAGUUUUAUUGUCAAGUUAACAUUAGAUAAACGGGUCCGAUGGUACACAAUGAUUGCAACGCCAUUUCUAACAUUUUAUAUAGCUGGUCUAAUAUUUAGUGCGGACACAUUGUAUAUAAUCAAAUUUUUCUUGUUGGGCUGUCUAUAUGGGGCCGCUCACAGUAUAGGCAAAACAAUGUUUGAUGAUAAUUUGAUGUCACUAUUGCCGCUUAGUGUUUAUAUGGCAACGAAACUAUGGUUUUAUGUGACAUGGAUUAUUCAUAUUGCGCCCACCGUUUCACAGCUAACCACCAUUUUAUUCCUAUUAUCCAGCGGUGCAUUAUGGUAUUGUUUCUUAAAAGCAUGGCGUGGUGAUCCGGGUGUUAUAAAACCAACACAAGAGCAAAGAUUCCGGACAAUAAUCGAAUUAUCAGAACGCGGUGGAAGUGGAUUUGAAUCAGCGUUAUUCUGUUCGGGAUGCUUGGUGAGACGACCAGUUCGUUCGAAGCAUUGUUCAGUAUGUGAUCGUUGUGUGGCCCGUUUCGACCAUCAUUGUCCCUGGAUUGGAAAUUGCAUUGGCGCAAAUAAUCACAAAUACUUCAUGGGAUUUCUGUAUGCUUUGCUCAUGAUGUGCAGUUGGAUGAUUUAUGGUGGAGCCAAUUUCUAUAUGAACGCCUGUAAUAUCACAAUGGAAGAAGGUCCUAUUAAUUCAAUCAUUGCCAUUGGUCAAUGUAAUCCAUGGAUUGGAUGGGUGAUGUGCAAUGCAUUGUUGCAUAUUGGCUGGGUGGCAUUGCUAACAAUAUGCCAAACAUAUCAGAUUGUUUGGUUGGGCAUGACAACAAAUGAACGAAUGAAUAGAGGACGUUACCGUCAUUUUCAAGCAGCCGGAGGCAAGAGUCCAUUCAAUCGUGGUCCCUUCAAAAAUCUGGCCGAUUUCUUCGAAUGCAGUUGCUUUGGCCUUGUGCAACCAGUGAAAACCGAUUGGAUGACUUAUUUUGAAUUAGAAAAAAGUAUUGAACACGAACCAUUACUUAGAGCUACCGAUAAUUAUCAGUAUGUCUAAUGCUAAACAAAUUCAUGCCCGGUAGUUUUUCGUGCCUGACUGGAGGUUUAGACCAUUUUUUUUGUUUGUUUUGUAUUUGUAUUUUUUCAUCAUAUUAUGCAAAUUGUUUAAAUUCCAGUUUUAGUUAUUGUAAGUGUGUCUCUUCAUUUUGUAUAAAUUGUCCGAUAUUGAUUAACGAAAGAAAACAAAAUAAUAAUCCCAAAUACGUUUUUUCUCAGCAAAAAACAUUUAGACAUACUGUGUGAUCUAUCACUGACGCUUUGUUCUUCAAUAAGUUAAAUUAUUAUCGACGCGGCAAGCAUUUAUUAAAUUGAAUUCCACUUAAAAACAACAAGCAAAAAAACACAUAUUAGAAUUUAAUGAAAUUUCAGAAAAUGUACAAAGGGAUUACGUGGCAUACACAUAUCCAUACGAAUAACACCGAUUAUAAUUAAAAAGAAAAACAAAACAGAUUGAAAAUAAAAAUAGAAAAAUAAAAAACAACACAACAUCGAGAAAAUGACACUGUUGCAUUCACAAAAAACUAGUUCAUUGCUUUAAAAAUCUUGAUAGAUAUACUCGUUUAUCGUGACCAAAUGUCGUAAUUUUCCAUUUAAAAUUCACAGUUCUAAAUUCAAAUCAAAAUAAUUAGUCUGUAGUUGACAUAUGUAGUUACGUGAUAAAUUUCAAAAAAAAAA